AUGAAAUAAAGGCCAACAACUGCGAAAGUUCCAAAAACCAUAGAUUAAAGGGAAAUACAAUAGCUUCAUGAUUUAGAUAGUAAUUAAGUAGUUAGAAUCUAGGUCGUUAACAUUAAUUAAUCGGUAGUAAUCUCUCUCAAUUUACAAUUUUGAAUGAAUUAGGGAAGGGUUCAUAUGGAGUAGUUUAUAAGGUGAAAUCUAGUUAGGAUGGAAAUAUUUAUGUGCUUAAGAAGAUUAAUCUUACUCAUCUUAAAUCAAAGCAUCAAGGUAUGUGUGUUUCAUAUUAAAAGCUGAGGCACUCAAAGAGGCAUAACUUUUAAGGAAACUGAAACAUCCAAAUAUCAUAACAUAUUAUAUGAGUUUCAUUGAGUAAGACAAUCUUUGUAUCAUUAUGGAGUAUGCUGAAGGAGGAGAUCUAUAGAAAGUAGAAAUCAAAUCCCUAUUUAGUUACUCAAAGAUUAUAAGGAGAAAAGAAAAUUUAUGUAAGAAGAAACCAUUUGGGAAAUGAGUAAGGAACUUAGUUCUGCAUUGUAACAUCUGCAUGAAAACAACAUCAUACACAGAGAUAUUAAAACACUCAACGUAUUUCUAACAAAGGAUAAACGUGUGAAAUUGGGGGAUCUGGGAGUAUCCAAAAUAUUCAAUUCAGACACUGCACUUCAAGGAACUAGAGUUGGCACACCUCUAUAUUUGUCCCCAGAACUAGUUUAACAUUAACCCUAUGAUUACAAGGUUGAUAUAUGGGCUUUGGGAUGUGUAGUAUUUUACAUGGCUGCAUUGGAACCUCCCUUUUAGGGUGAGAAUUUAAUUGCCUUAGGAUAUAGUAUAGUUAAUAGAGCUCCUAAAGCAUUGCCACCUCAAUAUUCUACAAGUAAUAAUUUAAUAAGAAAAAUUAUGAUAGGAUUAAGUCAAUUCAUUUGGAAAUUACUUGAAAAGAUUCCAGCUUUGAGACCAAGUAUAUAAGAAGUCAACACGAUUUAUUUCCAAUAAAGGAUUUAGCCUUAGAGAAUUUCAUAGUAGAUUUUAUUAAUUACAUAGACAAUUUGAUUAAGCAUUGCCUUAGAUGUAAUAUCAAUAGCACUAAUAAUUAAGGCCAUAAACAUCAAAUCCUAAAUCGUAUGCAAUGUAGGCUUAGGAGACUGAGAAGAUGAAGAAAACUAGGAAACCAUAAUAGUAAGACUUAAUUAGUAAUGGAUCUGAUACAAUCUAUAUGGGAGAUGUUAUAGAUAUGACCUAAAAGCAAGUAGAAAAUGAGCAAAUAUCGAGAGCAUUAUAAUAUUAGUAGUUGUUGAAAGAUCAAUAGGAGAAAUUAGAAAAGGAACGAGUUGAAAAAGAGAGAAUAGACAGAGAGAGACAAGAGAGAAUGGAUAGAGAGAGAUAAGAAAGAUUGGAGAAAGAGAAAUAAGAGAGAUUGGAAAGAUUGGAAAGGUAAGAAAAACUUGAAAAAGAGAGAAUAUAGAAAUUAGAAAAGGAAAGAUAAUAAAAAGAAUAAUAAGAAUAAGAAAGGUUAAAAUAAUUAGAAUAAUAAGAAUAAAAACAUGUUUAAUAAUAAGUUUUAAAGAUUUAAUCUAAUCAUGUUGAAUUAUACAUUCAAGAUAUUGAUGAUAAAUAAUUUUAAGAGGAAAGAAAGAAUUCAUUUUCAUUAGAAUAAGCACCUAAAUUUAAACUUGAAAUUAAACACUCUAAACCAUAAAAUAAUUAUAAAUAGAAUGUAUAAAUUAGACCUUUAUCAGCUUAAGCAAGAGGAUCUUCAUUUGCAAAUAUCUCUUGCAGGGCUAAAUUGAUUCCUGUAUAAUAAAAUUAAUCAGUUAAAGAUGUCAAAAAAUUCACUAUUUUAGAUUUGAAUCCAAAUUCAAAUUAGCCAUCUAUGCAUUAAGAUUAACCUAUACAAUAAGAACCUUAUAUUAAAUGCCCCAAUAGUAAUGGUGGUUAAAAUACUGUAAUUAAUAAUGUUAAUAAUAUCUUAAAUAAUCAACCUAAUAAAACCAAAGAAAAUAUUCGUAUCAAAAGUGCUCUUAUUUUAUAAUACUCUAAUAAAAGAUAAUAACAAGAUCAAUAAUCGAAUUAAAUUGUUAAGCAUUAUACAUUAAAGGAUUUAGUAGAGUCGUGA